AUGCGGCACCGGACCUGGAACUUUGACAUCGACCUCCUCCUCAACCCGCUGGUGCCGCCGCCGCCAUGGCGGUUCCUCCCCUACCCCGUCGCCCGCUUCUUCGGCUACCGCAAGGAGAAGCCGACGGAGACUGGCAACCUGAUGCCCAUCUUCUGGGCCUUCCUCGGCAUCUUCUGUUCCCUGCUCGUCAUCGAGGCCGUCUCGAAGAGGGUGCCGUCGUUUGAGGCCCGCGGCGCGCCCGUCCUGGUCGGCUCCUUUGGCGCUGCCGCCGUGCUAGAGUUCUACGCCAUCGAGUCGCCGCUCGCGCAGCCGCGCAACUCCGUCGUCGGCCAGAUCAUCGCCGCCGUCGUCGGCGUCGCCGUCACGAAGCUCUUCCAGCUGAGCGACCGCUUCCACGAGCUGCAGUGGAUCGGCGGCGCGCUGGCCUGCGCCUCGGCGACGGCCCUCAUGGCCCUCACCAAGACGGUCCACCCGCCCGCCGGUGCGACGGCGCUCCUCGCCGUCGUCGACGCCAACCUCGUAGCCAUCGGUUGGUUCCUCGUUCCCGUCAUGAUGCUCGGCUGCGCGCUGAUGCUCGCCGUCGCCCUGCUCGUCAACAACAUCGAGCGGCGCUUCCCCAUGUACUGGUGGACGGCCGAGGAUCUGCGCCAGACGAAGCCCGUCUUUCUCAGGCGCAAGGACGACGAAGCCGGCACCGACGAGGAAAAGGCCGACGACGGGCACGCGAGCCGGGGAACGGAGACGAGCGUCGAAAGCAACGAGCAGCCGCCGCCCGAGCGGGUGUCGCCACGGCCUGGUCCGGUGUCGAGCCUCCACGCCGGAGAAGUCGUCAUCAAGCCGGGUCAGGUCAUCGUUCCCGAGCACAUGUUUCUGACCCAGGAGGAGCUGCAGCUUCUCGAGACGAUGAGCUACAGGUUAUGA